AUGUACCUCUUUUUCACUGCCAUGCUUGUCAAUGUUCUGGUGUUCGCUGCUCCCCCGCCCAAAGCGCCAACGCCGCCAAGUCGCCGGGUAGGCACCACCGGACCCUUCCUAUCCAAUAAUAUAGGCUUUGCCCCAGACCAACAAUUCGUGCUCUUCGUAGGUGAUCGUCAUACGUUCCAAUACCACCACGACACCGGCAAAAUCUCGGCUGAGAUUGAUGUUGUUGAUUUCAAGACUUUCGGUUCCUCCCCUCCUUUCAUCAAACUCGGAACCGACUACGAACAAGAUAUCUUCAUCAACUUCGGCGAAAGGGAGACCAUGACGGUCAAAAGAGCAAACGAUACCAUACCCAUAUAUGGCUUGCCAGGAUUUUGGGGACUCAUUCAAGAUGUUGAGGAUUUGCGGACGACCACAGGUAUUCGGUUUAACUCGGACACGGGGUAUGUGGAUGCGGUGUUUGUGGCGUUGCUGGAGCUCGUGAGGGCUGAUGGGAAGACAAAGCUUCUGGAGCUUGAAGACUACCAGAGGUGGCAGAAGAUUCAUACUCUGAAUUGGAAUUUGAGAGGUGGGGUUGAGAGGAUGCUUGGAGCCUGGGAUGAUCAGAGCCGCCAUCGCCAAUAA